AUGAUUGGUUACUUUGGACAAUUCGGUAUUGGUACUGAUGUUAAUUAUCAAUUAGCUAUUUCUUCUUAUAUUUAUGCUUCAAAAUCUAUUUUAAAUAUUUCAAAUAACGAUAAUGAUGAUUUAUCAUUGUUUAAUAAUUUAGUUAAAAACAAUCGUCUCUUAGGUCAAAUUUCUUUAGCUUAUUUAUAUUUUAGUGGUAUUGUUGUUGAAGAAAAUAUUAGUUAUUCCCAAUUAAAAUGUUGA